UUGAGUGAAUGAGUCAAUGAGUCAGUGACUCCUGCAUCGCGACAGCGUCGCUCGUCGCCCGUCGCUCACGCUGGACGACAUGCGAGCCUGAUCCCGCGCCGCUCGAAUCAUAGAGCUACCUUCAUGCAUCUUUGCAUACCGUCGACUCGUCACAAAUGUCAGCCGUCACCGCACGAACAGCGGCGGUUUUAUCACAUCUUAGAGAAUGACUGAAGGUCCUCUACAACAUGAAAAUUCGAUGUGCGUACGCGUCUGGCUGGAAGUGGGCCACGCGUGCGAGCCGCGUCGGUCAGCGCUGGGACGUGCGCUCGCGCUUGAUUGGCGCGUAUGGGUACGCGGCAUCAGCGGACAAGAUAUCAGUCCCUUCGUGCACAAGGUCGUCUUCCACCUGCACCCGCCCAGUGCUUUUGUCUACCCCAAAAGAGUAAUUCAAGAACCACCGUAUGAAAUUCAAGAGUCCGGGUGCGCGUCGAUCGAGAUACCGAUACACGUGUACCUUAAACACAGUUCCAAGCCGAAAAGGAUCCGGCUGCGGUACAGCCUGCAAGUCGAAAACAGCGCUAAAAGCAGCUCUGAGUCGCGCUUUGUAUACUAUGACGUCGAGAACCCCUCGGAGGCGUUGUGGGCAGCACUGAUGCAGGGCGGCGGCGAAGUCAUCGCGCGGACCGGUGUCGCCGCUCCACAAGAGAAACUGGUCGUGCUGCUCUCUGACGCCGAAGAGAAGCACUGCGAUACCAUGAAGCCUCCAAAAUACAGGUUUGUCCAGCCGAUCGAGUCGGCUCGCAAACCAUCCUCUAAAAAGAGCAGCAAACCUGCAGCCGUUGAGGACACGUGCGCCAAAUGCGGGGAGUCAACACACGUUGACUUCAGGAAGCACCUACGAGCUGUAAAGAUGACUGAGGACGAGAUCGGGCGUGUAUCCCAUCUGUACCUAUCGCUUAGUAGUUACGAAAAAUCACCGGAAGCAUUGGUGCUGCCGCCGCUUGCCGAUCCUAUCUACCGAGUGCCGGAGCUGCCACUUUCGCUGAAGGCAGCUCUCUCCAGCGUCGAAGCUGACUACGCCAUGCAGUGACUUCUGUUUUUCUGUGAUGUGGGCGCUCUUCGGGUGCACCGUUCCUGGGGUGUACAUCUACGUUAUCAGUGCUAGUGAUUUCAUGGUGCCAUGCGAGACUUAUUGCAUUUAAUGCAAUCGCGUACACAGCAUAUUUUAUUACCUAGAUUUUUUACUUCACGGAGAAUCGAGAGCUAGAUAUUCUUAAGGUUGUUUGUAAUUUAUUCUUUUUACGUUUAUGCUAUCAAUAUCUGUAAGAUGUUUGUAGUCAUUGUGUUGUUUUUAAGUACACGUGCUGUGAGUGAGAUCUCAUAGGUAAUUUACAUUAGUAAAAGUAGUACUUCAAAAUCAUAUUUGCUCAUAAUACCUUAGUUACCCAAAGGAAGUACAUACUUAUACAACGUUUAUUUUUCUGUCCAAAGUAUACUUACAUGUUUAAAUUGUUUUUAUGAGGUUGUGAUAACGAAUGUUACUGAUUCUCGUUGAGACAUAAUGCAUAGUUGAAUUUUAAAUUAAGUAGAUAGCUAAGCAGAGAAAAAUAUUUUUGAUUCAUAUUUAAUAGUGCUGAGAGGUUAUUGAUGUUAUUAAACUAAUGUUAAAAAGUGUAUUUGCCUUGGUGUAGAACACGAAAUAGCUUUGAGGACUUGUUACCUAGUCAUAGGCAUGUUGUUAUUCCAAAUAUGGUACCUAUUUGUAUUUAUAUAUAAUAUAUUUGUACCAACGCUGAUAUUUUUUCCCGUAACAGAAAAAUCUCAAAUGUCUGUCAGCGCAGUACAUUAGUAAUUUGAUAAGAAUCGAUUCGACAAAGUCAACCAUGAUGUCCUUUGCCUUCCUGUCCGUCUGUUUUCGUUGGGCCUAACAUUUUCCAAUAAACGGCGAGUCCGCUCGACUCUGUUUUACUUCAGAGUCGCGGCCGCGUCAAUGGGUAUGGUAUACCGAUUGACACGCUAUAAUGACAUUUGUAUAAAUAGGAGUCGCUCGCGACUAGCUGCUUAGAAAGAACGCGUGAACGGAGAAUAUUUUUAUCUAGUAAUUUCGGUGAAAUUAAAAAACUCCAACAGUGUUUUAGUUUUUGUGAUGGCUAUGACGACGGCACAGAGCGGGCUAGGGCCGGGCGAUGUAAUUACAGAUAUUUAAGUCUGGUUUUCUCUUUCUAAUUUAUGCGAGUUAUAUAACCAAACAGGGUAUUAGAAACAUAAAAGUUUAAAAAUUAAUAUUAUGGACUGUUUAAAAAAACGAGUACAUGAAAAUGUCGUUUA